AUGCUACAGACUUUUGCCGACUGGGUUCGAUUUCUAGACCACAUCUACAAGUACAAGGAACGAAAGCCCAUGCAACCUGUCAUCUUUGAGACCUUUUCCAAUGUUCGCGACCUCCAUUAUCUAAUCAAGGAAUUUUUCAUUUUUUGGACCUGGAUGACCAGCAAGCGGUCAUUCAUUGUCUACAUCGCAGGAUUCAUCGGAUAUGCCGAUUCAGAGGCACCUAUGCGCAUCAAACUGGAAUCGCAGCCAACAAGCCGUUUGAAUAGCUCCAGCGACCAAGAUCAAGACGACAUCGAUGAGCCAGAAUACGUCACGAGAAUGCGCAGCCUGCAAAUCAAGACCGACGAAACCGAUGGCACUGGUGGUUUCACAGAUUUGCUCCGAUCGCACAAUCAAGGACCCCUCGCCACGAGAAAGGCCUCCGAAGAAAUAGCCGAGGCUCGAAUCAAUUCGGCUUUUGUAUUCCUUUUGGUAACUUUGUGUCUCGCGCUGCCAACGGAGCUUAAAUGGGACCAAAUAUAA